GACGCAGCUCACGCAACUCCCGUAUUCAACUACCGUACCACUUACCACCCCUAAACAACUCGAAAUGUCUGGCAAGGGUUCUGGCAAGUCCAAGUCCGGCAAGGCGGCUACCGAAGCCUCUGGCAAGUCCCAGUCUCGCUCUGCGAAAGCUGGUCUCCAGUUCCCGGUCGGUCGUGUCCACCGUCUCUUGAAGCGCGGCAAUUACGCCCAGCGUGUCGGCGCUGGUGCUCCUGUCUAUCUAGCCGCGGUCCUUGAGUACCUCGCUGCUGAGAUUCUUGAGCUUGCUGGCAACGCUGCGCGCGAUAACAAGAAGCAGCGUAUCGUCCCUCGUCAUCUACAGCUCGCUAUCCGCAACGACGAGGAGCUGAACAAGCUCCUCGGCGACGUUGUCAUCUCACAAGGUGGUGUCGUGCCACACAUUGACCCUGCGCUCCUUCCAAGUAAGACGCAAAAGGGCAAGAAGGGCGAGACGGCCGAAGUUUAAGUUAUACCAGACCCCUUGCACGUCUUUCUGCGCUGCCUUGGAUUCGGUUUCUUUUGGCUGUAUCAGUAACUCAUGUACAACUAGCUAUAUCUUAGCCUUCGCUCGCAUCGUGUCCAGCGUUGCAGCUUAUCCAUCUGUCUCCGUACCAU